AUGGCGUGGUGCAAUGAUCCAUCCAUAGCGAGCCGGACGUACGUGGCGAGCCGGCGCCCUGAUAAAUAUCGGCUGCUCUCUCGUCUCCUUCGCCUCGCCAAGUCGCACUUCGCCAAGAUCCGCAAGAUGUUCCGAGCGAUGCAGGUCGUCACCAGGGGGGAGAGCCGACGGGCUGCGCUGGCGUCGGUGGCCGGCUACGCCAGCCGCUGCGGCUACUCCACGGCCUCGAGCUCCCAGAGGCUGGCCGGGAAGGUGGCCGUGAUCACCGGCGGGGCCAGCGGCAUCGGCAAGGCGACGGCGGAGGAGUUCGUCAGGAACGGCGCCAAGGUCGUCCUCGCCGACGUCCAGGACGACCUGGGCCGCGCCCUGGCGACCGAGCUCGGCCCGGACGCGGCAUGCUACACGCGCUGCGACGUGACCGACGAGGCGCAGGUCGCCGCGGCGGUGGACCUCGCCGUGGCCCGCCACGGCAAGCUGGACAUCAUGCUCAACAACGCCGGCAUCGUGGGCUCCCUGGCGCGUCCCCAGCUGAGCGAUCUCGACCUCAACGACUUCGACGCCGUCAUGGCGAUCAACGCCCGGGGCGUCAUGGCCGGGGUCAAGCACGCGGCCCGCGUGAUGGCGCCGCGCCGCAGCGGCAGCAUCAUCUGCAUGGCCAGCGUCGCCGGCGUGCUGGGCAGCGUGACGCCGCACCCGUACAGCGUGUCCAAGGCGGCGGUGCUGGGGAUCGUGCGCGCCGUGGCUGGGGAGAUGGCGCGCUCCGGCGUGCGGGUGAACGCCAUCUCGCCAAACUACAUCCCGACGCCGCUGGUGAUGCGCAUCCUGGAGCAGUGGUACCCGAAGGCCAGCGCCGAGGAGCACCGGCGGAUCGUGGAGGGGGACAUCAACGAGAUGAAGGGCGCGGUGCUGGAGCCGGACGACAUCGCGAGGGCGGCGCUGUACCUGGCGUCCGACGAGGCCAAGUAUGUCAACGGCCACAACCUCGUCGUGGACGGCGGGUUCACGGUGGGGAAGGCGCCCAACAUGCCGGCACCGGCGCUGUAAAACGAAGCGAGUUCCUGAAAUAAAUUUGCUUCCUACAGUACUAUAUACAUACUACUAGUACGUAGUAUUGUAUUGCGCCGGAAGUAGAAUCACCGAGCAUUACGUUUUUGUUUCAGGAUUGAAACAACGAAUUGUCCUCGAUGCCGAGUAGUACAUGCACACGUUGACCCCAUGCGGAAAUACUCCCUAGAUGAGAGCAGCCCGAUUGUUCUUGUUA